AUGCCGGAUAGAAGAACUUCUGAUGCCGACCUGUGGACGCUAUCCCAAGGACCGAACGAACCGCUUCGGGAUUACAUGGCAAGGUUCAAGGCGGUCGUAUCCAAAAUUGAAGGAAUAAGCGACAAGACUGCACUCGAGGCUCUGAAACGGUCUUUGUGGUUCAAAUCCGAAUUCCGACGGGAAAUGGCACUCAACACGCCACAAACGAUUCAAGAUGCCUUGCAUCAGUCAUCAGACUUCGUCGUAAACGAGGAAGAGAUGAAAAAUCUGGACGAGCAGUACGAAGCAACGAAAGCAGCGAUCCACAGCUCAAUUUUGAUGCGCCCCCCGAAGAAAGGGAACCCAUCAAACAACGCAACAACGCAGAGCUCGGACGAACCUGGAAGCGGUGGUGCCCAUAACUACCAAGUAGGCACUGGACGCGGAAGAGGAGAGCUGCGCAACAACACUUGGGUAAGAAGGCCUACCAGCUAUGACGAAAAGGCAUUCUGCGAGUAUCACCAGACCUACGGGUAUUCAACGGCACAAUGCCGAACUCUAGGAGAAAAACUCGCAGCUAAGAUGGCGGCAAGAGAGCUUCAGAACACGGUUAACCUCAAAGACCUCGUCCCUAAUAAACCAAAAGAAGGAGCCGAGCCGAGCGGCGCGGCAGAACCCGCAAAUCCUCCCCGACGGGGCGAUAACACCAAGCGCGACAGGAGAGGCGAACCCGAAGAGCGACCCGCGCCGAGGCAAAGGAUCAACAUGAUCAUGGGUGGAUCUCAAUAUUACCAAGACACGGUGUCCUCUAAGCUUAUUAGCGCCGAGCCGAAGCGAAGGAAAAUUGGACAGAACCGACCGAUAUCCCGAAUAUGGGAUCACGAUGUAGCGAGGGUGCUCAUCGAUACUGGGAGCUCAGUAGACGUCAUUUUCAGGGAGACACUCAGAAGGAUGGGAAUCGAUCUCGCCGAGCUGGCGGGAACGAUUAGGCUCCCAGUGGUAGCUGGCGGAGUCACUAGGAUCGUCAAAUUUUGCGUCACCGAUUACCCAGCAAUCUACAAUGUGAUUAUGGGAACUCCAUGGAUCAACGCGAUGAGGGCGGUCCCUUCCACCUAUCACCUCUGCCUCAAAUUCCCGACUCCAGCAGGCAUCAAAACGAUCUGGGGAAAUCAGAAGGAGUCGCGAAUGUGCUGCUUAGCGGAGCACAAGCUGAGGAACCCCGUCACCGACGCACGAGCAGACAUAGAUCAUAAAAAGAUGAAGACAGACCGAGAGCCUGCGAACGAGCUCUCGAAACUCUUAUAG